AUGGAUGACUCGGAGCUCGAUCAGAUCCGCAAAGCUCGCCUCGAGCAGCUCAAGUCGCAAGGCGGCGGCAGCGGCGGCGGCGGCGGUGCCUCAAAGUCUGGAGGCCAGGAUGAGGAUCGCCAGCGGCAACAGCAGGAUGAAGCACGCCAGCACAUUCUGAACCAGAUUCUACACCCCGAGGCCGCCGAUCGCCUUGGCCGCAUCCGCCUCGUGAAAGAGCAGCGCGCCACCGACGUCGAGAACCGCCUGAUUAUGCUUGCGCAGUCCGGGCAGCUACGAUCGAAAGUCACCGAGGAGCAGUUGAAGGAUCUCCUGAACGCGGUUGCAGGGAAGCAGGAGGAGGAGAAGAUUGUGGUCAGCAGACGGAAGGGCUGGGACGAUGACGAUGACGAUCUACUCGAUCUGUAA